CUGGUGCUCAAAGGAAGGCAGCUAAAAAUGCUCCAGUUACUCAGGACCCUUUGUUGUUGCCUCUCCCUACUACUGCCUGCAGCUCAUGGGGCUCGAUCUCGGUUUGCUAAUUACCAGAGCCGAAGAAGCUUGGACUCCAUUCUACUAGAGGGCAAGUCCUUCCAUAGAACAUCCGCAGUACUAGCUGAAGAGCCUGACUCCCAAGGUACUGAGAGCUACUCUUCAGCAAUCCCCUACUCAGAGGAUGCCUGCAGGAGCCGGCCCCUGGACCUUGUGUUUAUAAUAGACAGUUCCCGUAGUGUUCGACAUCCAGAGUUUGAAAAGAUGAAAAUCUUCUUGGCCAAAAUGAUUGACACCUUGGAUGUGGGGGAAAGAGCAACCCGUGUGGCAGUGGUGAACUAUGCCAGCACUGUCAAAGUGGAGUUUAAUCUCCAGACAUACUUUGACAAAGCUUCCAUGAAGCAAGCAGUAUCCCGCAUCAGUCCCUUAUCUGCAGGUACCAUGACUGGCCUGGCUAUCCAGUCAGCCAUGGAGGACACUUUCACUGAAGAAGCAGGAGCAAGAGCAUCUUCCCUCGAUAUUCCGAAGGUGGUAAUAAUUGUGACAGAUGGUCGGCCUCAGGAUGAGGUGCAGGAGGUGGCUUCCAGGGCUCGAGCAUCUGGAAUUGAGAUUUAUGCAGUUGGGGUUGACCGGGCCGACAUGCAGUCCUUAAGGCUGAUGGCUAGUGAGCCCGUGGAUGAUCACAUUUCUUAUGUGGAGACAUUCGGUGUGAUUGAAAAGCUGGCUUCUAAAUUUAGAGAUACCUUCUGUGCUGUGGUUGCUUGUGAGCUUGGAACACAUGACUGUGAGCAAAUCUGUGUGAGCAAUGAUGGUUCCUGGCAUUGUGACUGCUAUGAUGGUUACACCUUGAAUCCAGAUAAGAGAACUUGCUCAAGAGAGGAAGCCUGUGUACCUGGAACUCACACCUGUGAGCAAAUCUGUGUGAGUAGUGAUGGCUCCUGGUACUGUGAAUGCUAUGAUGGUUACACUCUGAAUCCAGAUAACAGAACUUGCUCAAGGAGGGAGACAUCUGGACAUCUGGAGGGAGACGUCUGUGCCUCUGGAACCCACACCUGUGAGCAAAUCUGUGUGAGUAGUGAUGGCUCCUGGUACUGUGAAUGCUAUGAUGGUUACACUCUGAAUCCAGAUAACAGAACUUGCUCAAGGAGGGAGACAUCUGGACAUCUGGAGGGAGACGUCUGUGCCUCUGGAACCCACACCUGUGAGCAAAUCUGUGUGAGUAGUGAUGGCUCCUGGUACUGUGAAUGCUAUGAUGGUUACACUCUGAAUCCAGAUAACAGAACUUGCUCAAGGAGGGAGACAUCUGGACAUCUGGAGGGAGACGUCUGUGCCUCUGGAACCCACACCUGUGAGCAAAUCUGUGUGAGUAGUGAUGGCUCCGGGCACUGUGACUGCUAUGAAGGCUACUCCUUGAAUCCAGAUAAGAGGACGUGCUCAAGGAGGGAGGCCUGUGAACCUGGAACCCACAACUGUGAGCAAAUCUGUGUAAGUGCUGAUGGCUCCUGGCACUGUGACUGUGAUGAAGGCUACGCCUUGAAUCCAGAUAAGAGAACUUGCUCAGCUCGUUCUUCAGCUGUAGAUGUCUGUGCACCCGGCAGCCAUGACUGCCACCAAAUCUGUGUGCCAAGUGGCAGGUCCCAUUAUUGUGACUGCUAUGAAGGAUUCACUUUGAAUGCAGAUAAGAAAACAUGCUCACGAAUAUCAAGAAGUAGCAUUUCUUCUGUGACAACCGAUGAGGCAUGUAAAUGCGAAUCCUUUCUUACAUUUCACAAGUUGGUCACCUCCUAUCUUGAGACAUUAUCCAAGAAAUUAGAUGAUCUGUCUAAGAAAUUAGAAACAUACCAGUAUGGCGAGGAGCAUGUCUAGAGCUAUGCUUCUGCUUUAGUUCAAAGCCAUGUCCUUCUACUGCACUUUGCUAGCGUUUGUGCAACAACCUUACCAGAGGUGUGAGUUGUUUUAUUAUUAAGGACCGUGCAAGACAGCAAGCCUGAUCAGUGAUGCCAUGUGUUGUGCUAAUAAUUAUGUCUAACUGAAGAAUGAAUGCUGAAUAUACACCAGUGUUUGUUCAUAUUCUAAGGUGUAUGUAUAGUGUCUUUUCCUUCACAACUGUAUUUGCAUGCUCUAUUUAAAAUUAAGGCUUAUUAGGGAGUAAGAUCCCUGGACGUACAGCUAAAGUCAUAUAGAUAGGCACCUCAGAUAUGGUGAAUCAUGAUUCUUACUUUCUGUCUGGCAAACCAGAAUCUCAAUGAAAUCUCCUAACUGGUGUAGAAAAUAUUUGAUAGUUAAAGCUGAGCUUGAUGGCACUGAGGUUCUUUCUAGCCUGAUUCCAUAAUACAGGGAGAUAUAAACCAAAGAAGUAAGAAGGGACUGCAUAAAUUAGUUUCCUGUAAAAGAAGAAAAACAUCAGCACUAUAUUGAAUGAACAUAAUGUAGCAGAACAUUAUGUGAAAUGGCUUGCAUGCAAUUAUUUGCCAAUGGCAUGUGUUCAUAUAAUUGACAUAUUGUAACCUUUUAAAUAAAGAUCAACAUACAGAA